CAGUGAAACCUCUCCUUGCGGACACCUCUAUUAAGCGGACACUCCCUUUAAGCGGACAAAUUUUCCGGAACAAUAGCGUUACUUAUGUCUUUACGUACAAAAUCAACUCCUAUAACCGGACACUCUAAUAACCGGACGCGGACAACUUUCUUGGUUCCAAAAAUACUGUGACCUCCCUUAACCGGACGCGAACCUCUAACAACCGAGUUGUAUUAUGUAGCAAAAUAAUAUUUGUACAUUGGUAACACUGCACUGUGUAACCGGGGAAUUACCGUUUUUCGUUUAAAUGCGAGUAUGGACUCGGGGAUUUCAUUCGUAUUACAUCAAGUUUUGCACGAUCACCGAAGGUUACGUAUUUAAUUUUCACCAUCAACCAAGUUAGUGUUUAAUUUUUGUUGUGCUACUGUUACUGUUGUGUUUCUGUUGAAAUGGCACCUAGGAAAAAACUCCUUAGUUUGGGUGAAAAAAUGGAAGUUAUCAAUACUUCUGAAAAGGAAAAUUUGUCAGUCAGGAAGCUCGCCGAAAAAUUCAGCAUAGGAAAGACACAAGCCGCUGAAAUCAUCAAGAAUAAAAACAAUAUUCGUCUGCAAUGGGAGUCAGGAAGCAAUAAUAAUAAAAAAAGGGAGUUUUUAAGAUCUGAUGGACUUAAAAUUGACAAAGUGUGUUUCGAUUGGUUUUCUCGUGCUCGCAGCCAAAACAUUCCUAUAUCAGGAAGUUUAGUGAAAGCUAAAGCUCAGGAAAUAGCAGAGAAAUCAAAUGUGGCAAACUUUCGGGCGUCUAAUGGUUGGCUGGAAAAAUGGCGUAAGAGACAUGCCAUAAGUUUUAAGUGUAUUUCCGGAGAAUCAGCAGAUGUCAGUCAAGAAGACGUCAAUCAGUUCAAAAGUAAAUUGCCAUCGCUACUUCUUGGGUAUCGACCAGAAGAUGUGUACAACGCCGAUGAAACUGGCCUUUUCUUCCGAGCCUUACCGGAAAAAACCCUUGCCUUUAGAUCUGAAAAAUGUAUUGGUGGAAAGCUUUCCAAGGAAAGGCUAACAAUUUUAUUUUGUGCUAAUAUGGCAGGACAAAAAGAAGAUAUGUUGGUGAUUGGAAAGGCGGCCCGGCCUAGGGCAUUCAAAAAUGUACCAAUGAAAGAUUUACCGGUUAUGUGGAAGUUUAACAAAAAAGCAUGGAUGACACAAGACAUUAUGAGUGAAUGGUUGCUCAAAUUUGAUUUAAAAAUGAGGAAACAAAAGCGAAAAAUUUUGUUAUUUUUGGAUAACGCAGGGUCCCACCCACGUGAGGUGAAGCUACAAAAUAUAAAAGUUAUCUUUCUACCUCCUAAUACUACAUCAAUGUGUCAACCUCUGGAUCAGGGUAUCAUACAAAAUUUCAAAUUCUUUUAUCGAGGCUCAAUAUUGAAGCACAUAUUAUCAAAAAUGGAUCAAGUAAAAUCUGCUUCAGAGUUAGCAAAGUCCAUAAAUGUUUUAGAAGCCCUUUAUUACAUGAAAACAGCCUGGAAUAAAGUUUCGUCAGCAACAAUACAAAAUUGUUUCAGAAAAGCUGGUUUUCUCAAAAGUAAUGGCGAUACUGCAUCAGUUGAAUGGGAUUCAGAAGAUUAUCUUCCUUUAUCUACGAUUGCUCAGAUGGAAGGGUGUGCCAAAGAAAUGCAAAUUUCUCAAGAAAAUCUUGAAAGUUAUGUUGGCAUCGACGAUAUUACAGCAACGGAAGAAAUGACUUUCAACCUUGACGAGGCGAUUGAAAAUAUGAUUGACCAGCAAUAUAAUUCACCAGAUGAAAAAGAAGACAGCGAUCUCGAGCUUGAUACUGUUGAAAACAAUAAUAACACUAUUACUUCAUGCAGUCAGGCUUUGAAGGUGAUCAAUGAUUUAAAAAUCUUCGCGAAUGACGACUACAUUGCCUUUCAGCACUUAAAAAAUUUGGAAGAUCAUUAUCAAUCAAAAAUUUUCAAGCAAAAAAUGCAAAAUAUGCGGCAAUCGAGCAUUUUAGAAUUCAUAAAUAAGUAAAUUAUAUACAAAAUAUGUAUGAACAAUAUGUAUGCAUUUAUAAUUCUAAUAAAUGUUUGUGUUAAAA